CAUUGAAAUGCCUUCCCGAAGCCAAACCAAAUAUGGCAAAUCAUCGACUAGUAUCGACUCAUUCAUUACCAGCCUCCAGUACGAAUAAGCUGAAUCCUUUUUACAUUGAGGAUGACGGUGAUGAUGAAACGUGGGACGGCGAUUGGCGGUAUGCUGAGAACAGCGUCGACGACGGUACUCAGUACGAAGAGGCUGGUCUACUAGACCACGAUUAUGAAGACGACAAUGGCCACCGUCCAUCGUUCGUUCGUAGGUCCCGCAUUCCGCGCGGUGACACCCUGUCCGCAUCGCCAUGUCGCUUUCGAGCCAUGAUAUCGUUUGGUGUUGUGAUUUUGGGCUUUUUCCUCCUGCUUUCCUCCACGCCGUUGGGUUGGAACAGCUGGAAGAAUAACCCCAGCGAAAAUGCCGCGGCUACUUUAAAGAGCACGAACUGGACGGAAAAGGGAGCAGGAAUUUUAUUCGACCCGGUACCCUCUGGUGCUCCCACGGGCGUAUUCGAACGAAAUUAUUCGAAUAGUAGCGGGCGCACUAAUGAAGAAGCUGCAAUUACGAAAGAAACGAAUGGAAUAAAAAUCGGAAUUAGAAAUACUUCUUCGCCACCGAAUCAUAUUAUUCUGCUUGGGGAGCGACUAUCGGGCGUUGACUGGUGGAAAGACCAUUUACAAACGUGCUUUCCAAAACUCCAGCUCCAAAGCCGAUGGAUCAGACCGGCUCCAUGGUUCCAAACACCCUCUUGGAAUAAAUCUUUUUCCGCACCUUCCUGGACGGCAAAAGCAAAUAGUGGGCUCGUCAUUUAUGCGGUGCGGGAUGUCUUCGAUUGGCUGAGAGCUUUGUACGCGCAACCUGUGGCCAUGCCGUCACAUUCCAAUAUUAGUUGGCAUGACUUUGUUACCAAAUCAUGGACGCUGGACAGCGCUACUGCUGUCCUUAACGAUCUACAUCGUGAUGACUGUCAGCUAUCUUUUUCGAAAAGGGAAGUGAUUCCAUGCCAAGCCGUGGCCGGGAACGAUCGUUUAAGAAACGCCGUUUACGAACUGCCGCCACGCCAACCCGGUAUUGAUGCGUCUGCAGUUAUAGGCGAUGUACCUAAACCAUUUGCCAAUGUUUUCGAACUCCGCGCCUCCAAAAUACAACAAGUGACGAACGAUUUCUUUCAGUGGUUCCCUGGGGAAUACUGGUAUCGGCCCGAACGAGAGGCUCCACAGGUUAUUCUGGCUCCCUACGGAAGCUCAUUGCAAUCCCUGUUGACCCAGCUACAGCCUAUUCUUCAAUUAGAGGCGGCAUGUGACUCGCCGGCGAUGCUAUCCUCUCGGCCACCGGCUUUACCAGACUCUAUUCCGAACAUUCCCGAUCAACAUUUAGAAACAAUCCGGGAGAAGGUAAAUUGGAAAAUGGAAGCGCUAGUCGGAUACAACGAUGCACAAUAGAUGUAAACGACGCUGCAUGUCCAUCCUCGGGAAAUUAGGUUGCAAGCGACCAUGAGGCGACGCAAGUGGCGGCAUGAAUCUUGUAUCUUUCUAACGAGCGCGCUCUGGUGUAGCGAAUCAUUAUCGCAGGGAAAACACUGUUUUGCUUCUCGCUGACGUCAAAGAUUGUAAAGGGAUCGUGCAAAGGCUCACAGUCAGCUAGGAUUAGGCAUAUUUAUCUUCACUGCCGAUACUUUCUCGCUCAAGUCAUCAUGCGGUAAGUCUACAAAUUCACCAAAUAAUCACGUCAUCUAAAAUC